AUGUCCGCUUCUCCUUCCAACCUGCAAUCGACCAAGCGUCCUCUUGAGGACCCGUCGUCGCCUUCUGGCCCCAAUGAUCAGCCCGAGGCCAAGCGCCCAGCUCUCGACAAAGUAGUCAAGGACGAAGCUGAGGCAGAGACCGAUGUAUCGAGCGCCCAGAUUCCUGCCGUCGAUGCCGCCAAGGAUGUUCAGGGAGAUACAGUCGUCCCCGAUGCCCCCAACGGCAAGGGACUCCCUGCCGACACCCAGCCUAUCCAAUCAACAGCUUCCCAGGGUGACCGAGCCGGCGCUGAUCAGCAACCCCAGGACGAGUCGAGCUGGGUUCACAUCCGGGCUGUGAUCUCUAGCCCCGAGGCAGCCACUGUUAUUGGAAAGGGAGGUGAGAAUGUGUCACAAAUCCGUCGUCUGUCAGGUGCCAAGUGCACUGUCAGCGAUUACUCUCGGGGUGCCGUGGAGCGUAUCCUGACCGUCAGCGGCCCCCAAGAUGCUACUGCUAAGGCAUUUGGUUUAAUCAUUCGUACUCUCAACAAUGAACCCCUUGAGGCUCCAUCCACUGCCCAGUCCAAGACGUACCCUUUGCGUUUGCUAAUUCCCCACAUUCUCAUCGGCUCCAUCAUCGGAAAGGGUGGCAGCCGUAUCCGUGAGAUCCAGGAGGCCUCCGGUGCCCGUCUGAACGCUUCUGAUGCCUGUCUUCCUCUGUCCACCGAGCGUUCCCUCGUCAUCCUCGGUGUUGCCGACGCCGUGCAUAUCGCUACUUACUACGUUGCCGUCACACUGGUUGAGCAGCUUUCCGAGCGUUACGGCGGUCCCGCAGCUUCCGCUUACGCCACUCGCAGCGGUGGUCCUGCCGGUGCUGUCCCCGGUGGCAUGCAGGUCGUGCCUUAUGUUCCCCAGCCCGCUGGCGGCCAAUACGGACACCCCGAUACUUUCAAGCGUCACCACCCUCACCCUAACCGCGCCGGUGGCGGUGCUUACGGUGUUCCCUACCUGCACGGCCAGCCCACCCCCGCCCCGGUUGCUCAGUCCCCUAUGCACUUCGGCGCUGCUCCCCAAACCCCCUACGGUGGUGCUGGACCCCACCAGCCCGCUGCCCCAUACGUUGCCGGCCCCCAGCCAACCCCUGCUCCCCGUGGACCCCCUACUGCCCCCGCCCCCGUGGGUGGUGCCAUGCCCGGUCAGCCACUGACUCAACAGAUCUACAUCCCCAACGACAUGGUCGGUGCCAUCAUUGGAAAGGGUGGCGCCAAGAUCAACGAGAUCCGUCACCUCAGUGGCAGUGUGAUCAAGAUCAACGAGCCCCAGGAAAGCAGCAACGAGCGUCUCGUCACCAUCACGGGCACUGCAGAGUGCAACCAGAUGGCCCUUUACAUGCUUUAUUCCCGACUUGGUUCGUUUGGCCUCUAG